UGUAGUUCCCGGCGGCCCUCGCGGCAGGCUGCGGGCGUCAGGGAAGUUCGUGAUGGCGGCGGCUGGUUCCGCUGCCGUGUCAGGGGCAGGGACCCCAGUGGCGGGGCCAACGGGCCGGGACCUUUUCGCCGAGGGUCUCCUGGAGUUCCUGCGACCCGCUGUGCAGCAGCUCGACUCUCACGUGCAUGCGGUCAGAGAAAGCCAGGUAGAGCUCCGGGAACAAAUCGACAACCUAGCUACAGAACUGUGCCAGAUCAAUGAGGAUCAGAAGGUGGCCCUGGAUCUGGACCCCUACGUUAAGAAGCUGCUUAAUGCCAGGCGGCGAGUUGUCUUGGUCAACAAUAUUUUACAGAAUGCCCAGGAACGACUAAGGCGGUUAAACCACAGUGUUGCCAAGGAAACAGCUCGAAGGAGAGCAAUGCUGGAUUCAGGAGUUUACCCUCCUGGUUCCCCAAGCAAAUAAGCAUGGACCUGUGACCUGAAUGUCCAAGUACUGUUCUCCAGCUGCCUUGUUUGGUAGACGUGAGAAGAUUUCAGGAGUCUCUGAAGACCUUUGGUUUGUGUGAACUAUGUAAUUAUACAGCAGUCUCAGGAAACAUGUGCACAGCAGGACUGUUUCCUGAAGAACCUCCAUUACAGCUUGUCCUUCCAAGAA